CUGAAGAUGAAUGGGCUGAAUGCAAAGCAAAGCUUGAGCAAUCUUUGGACACGUGCAAACUGACACCAUGGGUGAAGCUGUGUGGAGGUUUCCUCAUGCCUCUCAUGGAGCUCUGCAGUAGGAUGCGGAUCUGUGUCUCUAUCUGGACGCUCCCACAGAUGACUUCCCACCUCUGCUUACUCAUCCUGUCCAGCUUGGCUGUCUCAUCUGAACUGGGUUUGGAGGAUGUUUUCUUCAGUCCACAGGACCAGACAGUUAGAGAAGGAGAGGGCGUUUUCUUCCAGUGUGUGUCAGGAGAAAGUUCUGCUCCUGCCAGCAUCACCUGGCUCAAAGACGGGACACUAAUCACAAGAGGGAGACACAUUCAGGGGGAAUAUGGGGGUGGAAACCAGAAGAAGACCUCAGGCACUCUGCAUCUUUUCAAUGUCACAUUAGAGGAUGAAGGGCUUUACACUUGUGUCACACACAAUCCUUUGCUGAACAUCAGCAAGAAGAGCAAGCCGGCUAAACUAACUGUGCAGGAGGUCCCUCGAAGGCUGCAGUUCAUCCGCGGCCCUGACAGUAUCACCGUUGCUAUAGGAACAGAGGUCUCCAUGCACUGUGCUGUCCGUGGCUUCCCUGUUCCCAUGGUGCACUGGUUCAAAGACGGCUGCCUCCUGUCCAACUGCUCGGCCUCGUUCAGCGUGCAGAACAAUGGACAGCUGCUCACAUUCAGUAACGUGACCCGGGAGCACGAAGGCUCGUUUCACUGUGAAGCGUCAAACCACAAAGAGACAAUCAAAUCGCAUCAUGCCUUACUGCUUACCGCCGAUAUGGACUGGAGUUUCGUCCAGCAACCUGCAAACCAGACGGUGAAAAGGGGAGAAAAUGUUACAGUCACUUGCAGACCUCCAUACAGCCGACCAGCAGCACAGGUGGCCUGGUUCAAAAACAACCAGCUAGUCUCUCCCAAAGGCCAUCAGAUCGUGCUGCCCAGUGGAGACCUUAUCUUCUACAGUGUUCAGGAGGAUGACAAUGGGAGCUACUUCUGCAGAGCCUCCAACAUCCAUCUUCAAAGAUUUCUCACCUCUAGAAGAGCGACCCUGACUGUGCUGGCCCCUCCAUCAGUGAAACUGCGCCCCCAGGUGUUGACAGUGGCUGUCGGGGCUCGGGUGGUGCUGGAGUGUGAGGUGUCUGGUUAUCCUCCACCCUCCAUCAGUUGGGUGAAGAGAGGCCACUCCAAGCAGACCGGAGGCAAAAUCGUUUUAGGAUUGAGAAAUGCCACUCUCUACAUCAAUUCAGCGCGGGGCUACGAUGAAGGAGCGUAUGUGUGCGAGGCCUCCAACACUCUGGGCCACAGCCGGAACACAGCAAUGCUGAGAGUUGCUGUGAGUCCCAUCAUACUGACCUUCGUAGAUCGGGUGAGCUGCAGGAUCGGGGGGGCAGUGGACCUGCCCUGUAUGGCUGUAGGGAUUCAGCCCAUCACAUACAGCUGGACCCGGGGCAAAGCAGAGACAUAUUCACCCAUCAGUCCCACUGAGGAUAGACACAUUAAUGCAGAAGAUGGAGCUCUGCAUAUUUCCAAUGUGCAGUAUACUGACAUGGGGGAAUAUUUCUGUACUGCUGAGAACCGAGCCGGGCGACAUCAGAAACGCAGCAUCCUCGCUGUCACAGCUGAACAUCGUCCAGCUGACAGUGGCAAACAGACAAGAUUGGUUUUGUCUGCUAGCACCAACACAAGCAAAGACCUGCCAGUGUUCCAAUCCAGUGACUCUAUGGCUAAGCAACACCUUGGGACAACACGUAAUCCACAUGAGCAGGCAAAGCAACAUGAGGCAGCGUGUUCCUUACCCCGCUGUGAUCCUACAACAAACGGAACUCCUACGUCACCUCCAUUCUUAAUGGGAGCAGUGGCCGAGCUAAAGAUGCCAGCACGAUCACUUGGCUGGUUUUUACAGCACAAGCCAAAUCAGCCUACAACCAGUCCAACUCAGCCGUUAGUCACACAGAUGCAGCCUCCUAUGUUGCUACCCCCUCCACAUCCCAACUUCCAGUCAGGAGAUAUCUACUCCCCUCUGCAACAAACAAGAGCUCCUCUUAUGAUUUCAAAAAGUGAACCACAAAUAACAUUUAGCCAGACAUCAGUUGUCGCAAACAAAGCUUUGGGUGCAACUUUGAAAUAUGUACUUACUGAAAGUUUGAGAAUAACAUCACCACAUACCCAUUUUCAGCAACAAGUCAGUGACGAAUUGUUGAUAAAAACUGAUCCUCGGAGCUCUAACAUCCGUGCUGUGUCUAUAGACAGUCAAACCACACGCUUUACUGAGAUGUCCAACAUUUCAUUGGGUGAACCCUUUGGUUUUCUCAAAAAGGAUUCGUAUUCACCGACUACAACAGAAAGUCCUGUAACCCAAACUAAGAUGACCCAUUCUGGUUCAGUAAUUCAGUCUUCUGCUUCAAAAGCAGAGUUGGGCCAAACAAAAACACAGCGACUGACUACCAAAAGUAAAAUGUACCAACCCUACCAUGAGCCAACCUCAACUCACAUUUCUCAAACCAAACCCCAGCACCAAAGUCAACCUCCACACCAGAAAACACAUCUGCAGCCAUCGCCAGCCAUCUCACAAAUAUCUGAAUCAGACAUGGAGCAACCAUUUACUCAAAGUCUUUAUCCGAAGUACCGUCUUAAGCUAUGGACAAUCCCACAUUAUCUGCCUACCUCUCAAUCUCCAACUUCUCCGUUCACAAAGCAUCAAAAAGACCCAAUUCACUCUCAGUCAACUUCAACCAUGUCUUUGCUUCAUUCAUCUCCAACUCAACAUCCGCUGCUCUACUCACAAUCUCCCCUGGCACAGACUGAAACUUUCACGCUCCAAAACAAAAACCACACUUCAAUCUUAACCGUCCAUCGGACCUCAGAUCUGCUGGAACCUAAGAACCCUCAGGUCAGCAUGUCCGACCAGGUACAGCUAAAUACCAGCCAGCAAGGUGACCCAGUUCAGUCAACUAAAUCUGGCAAUGAAUCAGAGCUUACAGAGUUGCUGAAGAGGAACACCUCCCAAUCACCUAUGACCAGCAAUGAUCCCAGAGUAACACAGCAGUCUCCAUCAUGGCUGCCUGUGCUGGAGAAACAUGACAUCCCCAUCGUGGUGGGAGUGGGUGUAUCUCUGGCCUUCAUCUUCAUCACUGUUACCUUCUAUUCAGUGGUCCAGAAGAAUGAAGCUGCACCAACCAUCCGAGCAGGUCAGAGAUCCUCAGAUGCAUCAAAUGUCAGCACACCUAAUUCACAUUCUGAGCAUGCUCAGAGGAAUCUAGGUGUCCCCAUAAGACACACUGAAUGUCGUGCUGAAGGACGUUCAUAUGAAAACAGAGCUUUUGAAGAUGACGACUGUGUGACAGUGAUUGAGCAGAGCCCUAACACAUCAGACACCCGAGCCCUACCUCCAGGCCUGAGCCUGGUCACGGUGCAGAUGGAGCCCACAUUUGAGGAUCUUCAGGAGGAUACACAUCCUGCUCUGGACGAUCACUCAGUCACUGUAGAAACGUAUCCUGAGCCCAUUCUCGACACAAAGAUUGAUCCCUCUCUGGAGGAGGUGAAGGGCCGCAGUUUGUCCCAGCCCAGCAUCCAGCUGCAGUGUGCUGAGGACUGGACUAGCAACAGAGGAGAUAACCGCUGCAGUCCUUGCCACAAUGUCCUGCCUCCCCCAUCAUCUUUACCGUCCCGUUCACCUUCCCCCUCUCCUCCAUCAAGGCAUCAGGACGGCCUGCGCUCCUCAUUAACCCUACAAACGGCUGAGGCAGGUGGAGCGCCCAUCCACCACAGCCUCAGCAUCUCACAUGGCAACCAUCCCCUGCUUCUUUCUCAUCACGUCUCCCUGGGCCUCACUACAGUGGCAGUAGAUGUCCAUUUUUACCCAGCAGCCACUGCUUCGGUGGCAGUAGGCACUAGCACUCAUAUCAAUUCAGCCUCCAACUCCACUUCAGUGGCUGCCCCACCAGUGUUCAGUUCCCCGUUUGUUAGCAGUCAGGAGAAUGACCAAUCAGCUGCUAGAAUUCAGCAGUUUAAGUAGCAAUUGAAACUUGGAAAAUACUUUUCUCUUGAUUUAGAAGAGAUUACAGGACCCUGAAGGUGAUUAGCUAGACUUAGCAUAAAGACUGGAUGCUAGAAGAACACCUACCCCUCCGUCAGGGUUCAUAAUCCACUUACCAACCCAUAUUAAAACAUGAUGCCGCUUCUUUGUUGAAUCUGUUCAACAAAGCGAGUAAAGGAGUCCUAGCUUCACAAUUUAUUGUGCAAACAUUUAUUUAUGUUUAUCCAUUAACCUUCAAAUCUGUACAGCGCGUCUACUGCUCCUAACUGUUUAUCAAGAGUGUGAGGAUUGCAAAACCACCCAUAAAAAAACAAAACAAUGGUAGUUGUAUGUUUUUUACAGAUGAAGUUAAAAGGAUACAUCAUGUUACGUACCUAACACUAGCUGUUUUCUACCUGUCUUUAGUCUUUUUGCAAAGAUAGGCUAACCGCCUCCCUUCUUUCGCUUUAAACAAAGGCUAGUUGUAUACAUUUUCUCAUCUAACUGGAAUGUUUCUGAAAAUGUUAAACUUUUCCAAGUCUAACUAGUCCAACAUUGUGUGUAUGGAAAUUUGAAUAAUUAUUUAAAUAUUUUUUUGAUAUCUUUAGCACAGCACCUACUGCUUUACUCCUGUGCUUACAUUAUUUAUUACGGUACAGUUAUGACUGUGGUGCAGGUGACUUUUGAUGAAAACUACUAGUUUUGCUUUUAUUUUACUUCUAAAACAUGAAAGAGAAAAAUCUAAAUGUUUAGUAAUAAUUUGAAUAUUAGUUGUGAAUGAAUCACAGUUUUAUUCUGAUUUAUAGUGUUAUCGGUUAGGGUUUUUCCACACAGUAAGGCUUAAAUGUGUGUACAGUAUUGACUUCUUCAGUAAAACAGCCAAGGAUACUUUGUUGUAAAAUACCGUUUUCUUGUUUCAGUGACCUGCUCAUUUUAUUUCAUCAAACUACUUGACUGUUAACACCUUUUUGAAACCAAAGCAG